AUGAAUACCCCUAAAAGCUAACAAGAAGCCUUAUUUGAAAUUUUUGCAAACGUUUUGGAGGUGGAUGAAGAAAUAUUCGCUAUCAUUAUAGAUAUGUUUAGAAAAAAAAACAUAUCAAAUACUAUUGAAUAUCUUUCGAUAGAAUUAAAUCAAAGACAUUUUCAAUCAAGUAUCAUAAAACUCAAGAAAUUAUCAAACUUAGAUGAAGAAUAAAAGUUAGAAAAUUUAAGAAGGGAAAUUAAGAUUAUUCUUAAUUCACUCAAAAAAAUUAAAGACAAUGACAUUAAUUUAAAAGAUUUCUCCUAAGAACAAUAUUAAGAAUUAAAAAAAGAUAUAAUGACUAAAAUAAUAGAAAAUAAAAAGAUCAUAUCUUUUUUAAAAUUCUUAGUUCACUUAACUUCUAUUGAUAAGGAAUUGAUAGUAUGUGGAUCAAAUUCGCUUAACUUAUUAGUCGAAAUGAAGGCAGAUUUGAGUAAUCAAAGCUGGGAAUACAUAAGGAUAAAGGAUACUUCUCUAAUUGGUGGAACUUUUGUAAGAUGCAACUUUAAUGGAUCAGAAUUUGAUGGUGUGGACAUUAGUGGAGUGAAUUUAAAUGGAGCUUAACUGUUCAAUUGUAAAUGGAAAAAUAUAAAGAUUCAUGAAUUGAAUAAAAUUGAUGGUCAUACUUAAAAGGUAUAUGCAGUUUUUUUCUCUCCUGAUGGAAAUACUUUAGCAUCUGGUGGUAAUGAUAUCUCUAUACGUUUAUGGGAUGUUAAGACAGGAUAAUAAAAAAAUAAAUUAGAAGGCCAUACUUAAAAGGUAUAUACAGUUUGUUUCUCUCCUGAUGGAAAUACUUUAGCAUCUGGUGGUAAUGAUAAUUCUAUACGUUUAUGGGAUGUUAAGACAGGAUAAUAAAAAAAUAAAUUAGAUGGCCAUACUUAAAAGGUACAUACAGUUUGUUUCUCUCCUGAUGGAAAUACUUUAGCAUCUGGUGGUAACGAUAACUCUAUACGUUUAUGGGAUGUUAAAACAGGAUAAUAAAAAAAUAAAUUAGAUGGCCAUAUUUAAAAGGUAUAUUCAGUUUGUUUCUCUCCUGAUGGAAAUACUUUAGCAUCUGGUGGUAAUAAUAACUCUAUACGCUUAUGGGAUGUUAAGACAAAAAAAUUAAUAAAUAAAUUGAACGGUCAUAAAAAUUAUGUAAACUCAGUCUGUUUCUCUCCUGAUGGUAAUAUUUUAGCAUCUGGUAGUAAGGAUGAUUCUAUACACUUAUGGGAUGUUAAGACAAGAAAAUUAAUAAAUAAAUUGAAUGGUCAUAGAAAUUAUGUAAACUCAAUCUGUUUCUCUCCUGAUGGAAAUACUAUAGCAUCUGGUAGUAAUGAUAAGUCUGUACGUUUAUGGGAUGUUAAGACAGGAUAAGAAAAAACUAAAUUAGUUGGUCAUAGAGAUUAUGUAAACUCUGUCUGUUUCUCUCCUGAUGGAAUUACUUUAGCAUCAGGAAGUAAGGAUGAAUUUAUAAGUAUUUUUGAAUCUGGUAGUAAGGAUAAUACUAUACGCUUAUGGGAUGUUAAGACAGGAUAUUAAAAAAAUAAAUUAGAUGGUCAUAGAGAUUAUGUUAACUCUGUCUGUUUCUCUCCUGAUGGAAAUACUGUAGCAUCUGGUAGUGAUGACUCUAUAUGUUUAUGGGAUGUUAAAACAGGAUAAAAAAAAAAUAAAUUUGAUGUUAAUACUGGUAUCAAUAGAUCAGUCUGUUUCUCUCCUGAUGGUAAUACUUUAGCUUCUGGUUUUCAUAUCUCUAUACUCUUAUGGGAUGUUAAAACGGGAUAAUAAAAAAAAAAAUUUGAUGUUCGGGGUUGUUCACUAGUCUCAAUCUGUUUUUCUCCUGAUUGGAAUACUCUAGCGUAUAGUAGUAGUGAAAAGACUAUAAUUUUGUAGGAUGUUAAGACAGGAUAAUAUAAAAAUGAAUUGCAUGGUCAUACUAGCUCUGUUUACUCAGUCUGUUUUUCUCCUGAUGGAAAUACUGUAGCAUCUGGUAGUGAUGAUGCGUCUAUACGUUUAUGGGAUGUUAAAACAGGAUAAUAAAAAAAUAAAAUAGAUAGUCAUUCUGGUACCAUAAGGUCAGUCUGUUUCUCUGUUGAUGGAAAUACUUUAGCAUCUGGUCAUUAUAAAUCUAUAUUAUUAUGGGAUGUUAAGACAGGAUAAUAAAAAAAUUAAUUAGAAGGUCAUACUAGUUAUUUAGACUCCCUCUGUUUCUCUCCUGAUGGAAUUACUUUAGCAUCUGGUAGUUGUGAUAAUUCUAUCCGUUUAUGGGAUGUUUAAACAGGACAAUAAAAAAAUAAAUUAGAUGGUCAUAGCAAUAGUCUUAAGUCAGUCUGUUUCUCUCCUGAUGGAAAUACUUUAGCAUCUGGUAGUAUUGAUUAGUCUUUACGUUUAUGGGAUGUUAAAACAGGAUAAUAAAAAAAUAAAUUCGAUGGUGGUCAUACUGAUUAUAUAAAUUUGCUCUGUUUCUCUCCUGAUGAAAAUACUUUAGCAUCUGUUAAUUAUGAUAACUCUAUUCAUUUAUGGGAUGUUAAGACAGGAUAAUAAAAAAAUAAAUUCGAUGGUGGUCAUACUGAUUAUAUAAAUUUGCUCUGUUUCUCUCCUGAUGGAAAUACUUUAGCAUCUGUUGAUAACUCUAUCCAUUUAUGGGAUGUUUAAACAGGACAAUAAAAAACUACGUUAGACUGUCAAACUAUUGAAUUAAACAUACUCUGUUACUCUCCUGAUGGAAAGACUUUAGCUUCUUGUGAUUAUGAUAAUAAUAUUCUUCUAUGGGAUUUAUAGAUUGGACAAUAUAUAGCAAAAGUGAAUUGCCAUACCAAUACCAAGGUAAGAUCAUUAUGUUUCUCGUCUGAUGGUGCUAUAUUAGCUUAUUAUGUAUUAAAUUCUGCCAAAGCUUAAAAUGAUAAUGAAGAUUAAAUUGAAGAUGAAAAUCAAGAUGAAUAUGAAUAUGAAGAUAUCUAUUAAGAUGAUGAUGCAGGUGACAAUGAUGGAUAUGGAGAUUAGGAUAUUGAUGACAAAAAUCUUUUUUCUAUUUAUUUUUGGGAUGUUAAAACAGGAUAAACAAUAGAACCAACAGAUUAACUUUACAAAGAUAUUUUAGCAUAAUUCCAUACCUCACCAUGCUAGCAAAAUCAAUUUGCAAAAAGUAAUUUUAUAUAGCUUUAUUACUUAGGGAACUAAAAUCUAAAUAUAAUCCUCAUAUCCUAAUAGGCCAUAUUCCAAGCAUAAGGAGCUUUAGUACUAAAAGGAUCAUUUGUGAACCAGUCAGGUAUAGAUCUGAAAACACUUUUUAAGUAAAAAGGAUGCUAUAUUUUGGAUGAUUAUCAAAAAAAAAAAAGAACUGAUAAAUAUUAUCAAUAUAAUUACAUAAAUUGA